UGUGUGUGUGUGUGUGUGUGUGUGUGUGUGUGUGUGUGUGUGUGUAAGACUGUAAUAAAACAUUGUGCUCGUGACAUGUAAAUAGUGUGACAUGCUCAGGAGAAUCCUGACGCGCACGUGCUGGAGCAGACUUCCGCUCGCGCGCACCGCUCAGUACACACUUGGCGGUGGUGAGAUGCACAGUAAGUCGAAGCAGAGUGUGUCGGUUCAGAGCGCUGCUCCGGACCGAGCAGAACCAAACCCCAGCCUGGUACAGCCGGAGAACCGAGGGGACGAUGACAUCAUCAAAUCACCCAGUGACCCCAAACAGUACAGGUAUAUUGAGUUAAAUAAUGGCCUUCGUGCUUUGCUGAUCUCAGACUUCAGCAGCUCUGAAAGGAAAUCAGAUGAGGAUGAGGAUGAUGACGAGGAGGAAGAAGAGGAGAUAGAGGAGGAAGAAGAGGAGGAAGAUGAGGAAGAAGAGGAGGAUGGUUCAGGAGAGGGAACAGGUGAUGAGUCAGAGGAAAAUGAUGAUGAUGAGCAGGACAGUGAGGAUGAGGAGAGGGAGGUGAAGAAGAAGAAUUCAGUGAAACAGUCAGCAGCAGCCCUGUGUAUCAGUGUGGGGAGUUUCAGUGACCCUGAUGACCUGCCUGGACUUGCACAUUUUCUGGAACACAUGGUGUUUAUGGGCAGUGAGAAAUACCCGUGUGAGAACGGAUUUGAUGCGUUCCUGAAGAAACAUGGCGGCAGUGAUAACGCCUCCACCGACUGUGAGAGGACCGUGUUCCAGUUCGACGUGCAGAGGAAGAGAUUUCGAGAAGCACUCGAUAGGUGGGCUCAGUUCUUCAUCUGCCCCCUGAUGAUCAGAGAUGCUAUUGAGAGGGAAGUGGAGGCAGUGGACAGCGAGUUCCAGUUAGCGAAGCCCUCGGACUCGCACCGUAAGGAGAUGCUGUUCGGCAGUCUGGCUAGGCCUCAUCACCCCAUGGCCAAGUUCCUCUGGGGGAACACACAGACGCUGAAGACAGAGCCGAAGAAAAACAAGAUAAACGUGUACAAGCGUCUGAGAAAGUUUUGGAAGAGGCACUACUCCGCUCACUACAUGACGCUAGCCGUGCAGUCUAAAGAGACGCUGGACACACUGGAGCAGUGGGUCAGAGAGAUCUUCAGCAGUGUCCCUAACAAUGGUUUACCCCACCCUGAAUUCUCACACCUGCUGGAGCCCUUCAACACUCCGGCCUUUAACAAACUCUACAGAGUGGUACCUGUGAGAAAAGAGCACUCCCUCACUAUCAGCUGGGCGUUACCUCCCCAGGAGAAACACUACAGGGUGAAGCCGUUACACUAUCUCUCCUGGCUUAUCGGUCAUGAGGGAGUUGGCAGCAUCCUGUCUCUGCUCCGGAAAAAGUGCUGGGCCUUGGCUCUGUAUGGUGGUAACAGUGAGACAGGGUUUGAUCAGAACUCCACCUACUCCAUCUUCAGCAUUAACAUCACACUCACUGACCAGGGGUUCCAGAACUUCUACCAGGUGGCUGAUCUGGUGUUUCAGUACGUGAAGAUGCUGCAGCGUCUCGGUCCUCAGUGCAGAAUUUAUGAGGAAAUCCAGAGAAUCGAAGCUAACGAGUUCCGCUACCAGGAACAGACAGAUCCCAUCGAGUACGUGGAGGAUGUGUGUGAAAAUAUGCAUCUGUUUGCUAAAGAGGAUUUCCUGACAGGAGAUCAGCUGCUGUUCCAGUUCGAUCCUGAGGUGAUCGGCUCCGUCCUAAAUCUCCUCACUCCAGAUAGAGUGAACUUACUGCUGUUGUCUCCGGAACACGAGGGUCUCUGUCCUCUACAGGAGAAGUGGUUCGGCACUCAGUACAGCGUCGAGGAUAUCCAGCAGCAGUGGAGCGAUCGCUGGGCCUCAGACUUCGAACUGAACUCAGACUUUCAUCUUCCUGCUGAAAACCAGUUCAUUGCGACGGAUUUUACCCUCAGCCCCCUGGACUCUGAUGACUCAGAGUUUCCGGUUAAAGUCAGUGACUCUGAUCGAGGGUGUGUGUGGUACAGGAAAGACAACAAAUUCAAAAUCCCUAAAGCCUAUGUGUGGUUUCAUCUCAUCUCCCCCCUGAUUCAGGAGUCCCCUAAGAAUCUGGUUCUGUUUGACGUGUUUGUGAACGUGUUGUUGUAUAACGUGUCUGAGCCGGCGUAUGAGGCAGACGUGGCUCAGCUCGAGUACAAACUCACAGCAGAGGAACACGGACUCGUCAUCAAGGUCAGGUUCAACCAUAAACUACGGCUGCUCUUUGACCUGAUUGUGGAACAUCUGGCGGAUUUCUCAGCACCGCAGGACGUCUUCCUCAUGUUCACAGAGCAGCUGAAGAAAUCGUACUUUAACAUUCUGAUAAAGCCGGAGAAACUCUCCAAGGACGUGCGGUUGUUGAUCCUGGAGGCGGAGCGGUGGUCAGUGGUGCAGAAGCUCCAGGCCGUGGUGGAGGGGAUCACUGUGGACGAGCUGAUGGAGUUUGUGUGCAGAUUUAAGGAGGAGCUUUAUGCUGAGGGACUGGUGCAGGGGAACCUCACUCGCACGGAGGCUGUGGACUUUCUGAACCACCUCACACAUAAACUACAGUACAGGAAGUUGUCAGCAGAAGUUCCUGUUCAGUUCAUGGUGGUGGAGCUGCCGCAGACACGCAGUGUGUGUAAAGUGAAAUCUCUUAAUAAAGCAGAUGCCAAUUCUGAAGUCACUGUUUAUUAUCAGUCUGGAGCCAAGAACCUGCGAGAACACACACUGAUGGAGCUGCUGGUGAUGCACAUGGAGGAGCCGUGCUUUGAUUUCCUCAGGACUAAAGAGACUCUGGGGUAUCAUGUCUACCCUACCUGCAGAAACACCUCCAGCAUCCUCGGCUUCUCCGUCACCGUGGAGACGCAGGCCACAAAGUUCAGUACGGAGCAUGUGGAGAUGAAGAUAGAGGAGUUUCUGCAGGGUUUUGGCGAGACGCUGGCGGCGCUGACUGAUGAUGCGUUCAGAAGUCAUGUGACUGCUCUGGUGAAGCUGAAGCAGUGUGAGGACACACACCUGGGGGAGGAGGUGGAGCGACACUGGAACGAAGUCAUCACCCAACAGUACGUCUACAACCGACUCCAACUUGAGAUCGAGGCUCUGAAGAUGAUCAGUAAGGCUGAGAUGAUCGCCUGGUUCCUGCAGCACAGAUCUCAGUUCAGCAGGAGGCUCAGUGUUCAUGUGGUGGGGUUCGGGGAGCAGGAGAACGACUCCCCGUCUGAGGAGAAACAGGAGACGUCUCAGUAUGGUGAAGUUUCCAAACUGGUGUUCCUCUCUCCAUCACACACACUCCCCUCUGACAUCAUCAUCGCUGACAUCAGAGCUUUCACACACACUCUCCCACUGUACCCGUACCACAAAGUCCUGCAAUGACCACACACACCCACACACACACACACACACACACACUGUACCCAUACCACAAAGUCCUGCAAUGACACACACACACACACACUGUACCCAUACCACAAAGUCCUGCAAUGACCAAACACACACACACACACACACACACACUGUACCCAUACCACAAAGUCCUGCAAUGACCACACACACACACACACACACACACACACACACACACUGUACCCAUACCACAAAGUCCUGCAAUGACCAAACACACACACACACACACACACACACACACUGUACCCAUACCACAAAGUCCUGCAAUGACCAAACACACACACACACACACACACACACACUGUACCCAUACCACAAAGUCCUGCAAUGACACACACACACACACACACACACACACACACACACUGUACCCAUACCACAAAGUCCUGCAAUGACCACACACACACACACACACACACACACACACACACUGUACCCAUACCACAAAGUCCUGCAAUGACCAAACACACACACACACACACACACACACUGUACCCAUACCACAAAGUCCUGCAAUGACCACACAC